UAUAGAGCCUUUUCCAGCCCAUUCCGCGUGAACAUUAAUACAUCCGACUGUCUCGCGCAUCUCGAUGUCUCCAGAAGCAAGUGAGGAAGUGGAGCUUCUAAAGGCCAUUUAUGGUGAUGAGGCGGUAGAGCUGCGAAAUGAUUUGGUCCUGGUUAGCUUGCAGCCCCGGGUCGGGCAAGGCACAGCCCUGGUGUCUGCCACCUUUGCUCUUCAUUUGCCCGACAACUAUCCAACCAUGAAGCCGGGCGUGACCAUCGAAAAGUCACGGGGUCUCACCGAUGCCGGGCUUUCUGCUUUGAACUCCGCUGCCAAGUCUGCGUUGGAGACCUAUGGCUCCUCAGAGGAGGGCUGCUUAUGCCAGGUAAUGGCGGAACUCAACGAGGCCUUAGACUUGGCCAAUGAUGAAAGCGAGUGUUUGAUUUGCCUGCAGGCAUGUGGCAAUGUCACGGACCAAAGUGUGGUGUAUGCUCCCUGCGAUCACGUCUACCACGCCAAGUGCCUGGGGCAUUGGGCAGCUCUGAAGAAAUCCGAGGCCCUGCAGGCGGUGGAAAGCUCCACGAGCAGCGUGCGGUCUCAAAGGGAUGCCUUGGCGCGAGAAGUGGCGGAGCUGGAGGCCAUGGUGGUAGAGUUGCAGGAAGAAGGCUGCAGAUUGGAGGAGCUGGUGGCUGAGCUCAUGAGCAAGCGGGAAUGUCAGCGAAAGAUGCUGGAGGAAGGGGAAGAGAUCGAGGAUCCUGGUGAAGAUGAGCCAAGUCUCGAUGAUCAACUGGCCAUGGCCAAAGACGAUUUGAAGUCCACCGGCAGCAAACGGCGAAAGGCCGAGAGCAGACGAUCGGAAGUCACAGGUCGCCUCCAUGUGCUCGAAGAUGAGCUUCAUGCCACGGCUGGAGAUGUGGAUGCAGCUGGCUUGCCCUGCCCGGUGUGCCGAGCACCAAUCCAAUGGGAUUUGCUUCCACCUUGGGCAACUUCAACGGAGAUGCCCAAGGAGGCAACCGUUGCGCCGGUGGGUGCUUUGCCUCCCGAGUUGCUGAAGCAAGUCCGCCAGCUGCAGAAGCAGCACCAAAGCAUUUUGCAGCGCCGCCAAGCAAAGGAAGCCUUAGAAGCGGAGCGCGCGGAGCGCCUCGCGGCGCAGCAGGAGGGCUUCGCUCAGGUGGGUCCACCGAAGCCGGCGGUGGAUGCGAGCGACACCCAGCGGGGUCAUCCGACAGGCCGAAGGCAGUCGGAGCAUCGCCCAGCAGAAGCUUGGGACGAGUGGUCAUCCGACCAGUGGUCAUCGCAGUGGUCGUCGGAGCCCUGGGGCCGCGGCUACUCCGGCCGACCACGUGGCGACGACGCCAACGGUCCACGGGGCCCGUCAAACCGCUGGAGCCGAUCGAAUCGCUGAGCCGUUUGGCACGCCGAGUCCUGGACGUGCUGCUUUCCAGAGAGUUGGAGGUCCGCCCCAUUUGGACAGCUUGAGCAAUUGGGGAUGUCUCAGAAUAUGGAGAACAUGCCAG